GUUCAAAGUGUAAAGGUUUAACAAAAUGGCGGCCGGCAGUUUGAGGUGUUGGCGGUGAUCGAAUGGAUUGUUACCGGCUCGAUUAACUCUCGCUAUUUAUUAAACACCGUCUUCAGCGAUGCGGGGCAGAUUGAGUCCCUGACCAGCUCGCCGUCUGAUUAGGAAUUUAUUUUUAAACUGUUAGUAUUAUAUUUUUUUAUGCAACGAUGGCAUUAGUGUACGAGUUGACAUGGCGAGUUCUGCACCUCCUCCUCCAGCUCCAGCGCGCGGCGGUGUCCUGGUUCCAGGCGCGCGCGUGGAAGCGCACUUGGCUGCUAUGGAGACGAGCCGCGGCCGCCGUGCUGCUCCCGUUAGCGCUCGCCUUCGCUAGCCAGAAGAAGCUCGGAGCCGCGGCGGGGAAGAGGGCGAGCCGGCGGUGUAGGGUGCUGACAGACGGGAAGGCUGUGGAGAAGCUGCCGCUGCACGUCGGGCUGCUGAUCGCCGAGGAGGAGCUGCAGUACACCGACAUCGCUAAUGUAGUGGUCUGGUGUAUGGCGCUGGGAAUUUCUUACGUCAGCGUCUAUGAUAACGAAGGUGUAUUCAGGAGGAAUAACUCCAGACUGAUGGAGGAGAUCGUCAAGCAGCAGAAGGAGCUCCUCGGCUCGGAAAGCUGCAAGUAUUCGGCCGAGUUUCUGAAUAAUGGCACAGACGCACAGGAACAAGCGUCAUGGUGCCAGACGGUGGUAAAGGUCUUGUCUCCAGACGACGGGAAGCUCAGUAUCGUGCGAGCGGCGCAGCAGCUGUGUAAAGCCGUGGAGCAGAAAGAGAGCACACCCAAAGACAUCACCGUCACUGUGCUGGACUCCUUACUGCGAGAGUCGAAGAACAUCCCAGACCCCGAGCUGGUGCUGAAGUUCGGCCCUGUGGAGAGUACACUUGGCUUCCUGCCCUGGCACAUCAGACUAACAGAGUUCAUCUCUUUGCCUUCCCACAAAGAUGUCUCUUACGACGACUUCCUCUGCGCUAUUGGGCGUUACGCUUCCUGCGAGCAGCGACUGGGGAAGUGAGCGAGUCCUCAAAAAACCCUGAACUGAAGAAAGCCACAAGAGAGAACAUCCUCUCUCUCUCUUUCUCUCUCUCUCUAUGUUUACAAAACGCGCAGCUGAGCAUCAGCAUCCCGACGCCACAUCAGCAUCUCAACACACACGGCCCGGGUCUGACCCUGUACACCACGGCUCUGUGUGAGGGGAGUUCUGACGUGUAUCUGUGUGUGUGUGUGUGUGUGUGUGUGUGUGUGUGUGUGUGUGUGUGUGCCCAGCUGCUGUGUUUACACGGAGCAGAACUUCUGUUCAUCCGUGAGCAGCUCCAGAGACGGUGGUUGGCAAUAUGGUGUAAAUUUCAGCAUCUCGCUUUGUCCUCGUGUGUGUGUGUGUGUGUGUGUGUGUAUGUAUGUGUGGAAGCGCUGUAGCAUGGGACGCUGAGUCAGCCAGCACUGUGCACUGACGACCUGGAACGUAAUGACGGGAAAACCGGUCAUCCAUCACAACAUCUCGGCAGCACGCGUCACAAGGAAGCCCAUUAAAGACUCGGAAAUUAAUCUACUGCCGAACGAAUCGGCAAACAAUACGAGGGAGCGUGUGAAAUGUUUUAAAUGUGUGUGUGUGUGUGUUUGCUCAGGCCACUGAUUGUACAAAAAAACCUCUGAUUUAAAUUUUUGAUUGAUCGCAGAAUUGCUUAUGAUCAUUAUACUGUACUGUUUUUGUUUGUUAUUGGGUUUCAAUCAGUCAUAUUUUCACUCUCAUGUUCCGUCCAAUUGUUUACUUCUGAAAUAAGAAAUCGUUUCGUUCCUUUAGUAAGUUAAGUACAAGCUUAUUAGGUGUGGGUGAUGUGGCAAAAAAAAGACCCAAAAAACUAUGAAACACUAUCCAAAAAAAAUAAAAAUCCAGCGCCAUUGCCUUGAAAUGAAUAUUUAAAAAAAACCAAACAUACCACCAUCUAUCGCCUUGUUCCUGCAUUAACACUAGAGUCAGAGUGUUUUAAAAGCCCUCGUGAUGUCCACAGCACUCUGUAUCCAUCCUACCGCUAUCACGAUCCUCAUCACCAUCACUUUACGGCGUUGCCAUGUCACACACUCCUAAUCCGCAAACCUAAGCGACAAAUCCACGAACCUGGAUCCGCUAUGCUAUGUGGAGAGACACUGCACAGAGUUUUACACCGUAAUGCUAACCUCAGAGUCUCAUCUUGCCAUUUGUUGGAAGUCUUAAAGUGAGCAGUGUAUUUAUUAGUCAUGGCUCAUCAUAUAAGAGGCAUUGAUGUAAUAGUGUCCAGUGUGAAUGCUUAAUAAAUGUUACUGAGAACCUUAAACAAAGCUGCGCUUCUGGGUUAUUAGAGGAAAAACAAAAGAGGCAUGAAACGCUGCAAAAAAAAUAACAAAAUAAUGUAGUCUUUCCGUUCGGAAGAAUAUGAGAGACCGAAUCUGAGAUGAUUAAACAUGAAAAAAUGCAUCUGAAGCUUAAUAAUCUUAUAUUUGGUUUAUUAUGAUCUUAUAAUAGGAAAUAUAGAUGAUACAGCUAUACAUUUGUUUUCAUUAUACUUAUAUUUUUUUGUAGUGUAAAUGACCUGAAAACCUUUUUGAUUGAAUCUCCGUGAAAUGGGAACAAACCGGUUUAUUCCUCGUGUGUGAACACUCCUCGCUGCCUUCUCAUGUGCAAAAUACAUGUCUAAAAAUAAGCUUGACAACUGUAUCUUUAGUUUAUUCUAAUCUAAUAGAUAUCUUCUUUUGCUAAGCUGUCGUUUUCUACAGGGAAAGAACAUUUUCCUGACCUGAAAAUGUGACUAAAUCUAACUGAAAUGGAAACAAACCGGUUUAUUCCUCAUAUUGCACCGUGUGUGAACACUCCUCAUGAGC